UUCAAGAAGAACACCCAACAAAAACCCUCUUCAAAACCCAGGACUCUCUCUGUUUUCUCAGCCUCUGCAACGCACCCAAAUCCAACAAAUUUCUCCUCUUUAUCUCUGGGACACACAUGGCUGAGAAAAAUGGGAUUUUGGAAAGUAGUGAAACUCCCAAAGACCAGAAGAAUGCCUUCCCUUUCUUCCCCAACUUUGGUUUCAAUUUCCCAUUUCAAUUCCCUGAGAAGGAGCCGAAACCAGUGAAGAAAUGAAAAAGAGCAAAAUUUUAGCGGAGUCGUGAAGAAGCAGGGGAGAGAGGAGAGAGACAAAGGGGGAGAGAAAUCUGACAUGUGGGCCCGAAAUCACCACGUGUCGUACGUUAAGUGGAUUAAUAUUUUACUGACCUGGAAUUAUUGGAAUACUAUUCCACCGAUGACACUACGGCACACGUAAGCAUGCAUACAGAUGACGCAUGGGCACACGUCAGCAACGUAUGCAUAUCUCAUCGCCCAUCUCCCCCCAUACAUACCCCGUGCAGUGUUUGGCUACGUUUCCCAUCAAUCAAAUCCAAGAACAAAAAAAUCCAAGAAAAAGAAGGGGAGAGAGAGAGAGAGAGAACACAGCUCUAGAGAGAGAAUGGAGAAGGUGAACAAGAAUGCAUCAGUGGAAGUGAUGAGCAACAAGCAGGUGAUAUACAGAGAGCAGGUACGAGGUUCCCUGAAAGAGACCAACUUGGAAGUUAGGACGAGCUCGGAGAGAUUGAAGGCCGACGCCGGUUCGGGGGCCAUCGCGGUGAAGAACUUGUACCUGGCUUGCGAUCCCUACAAUUUCAACCUCAUCAAGUACUCCACUCAGCUCGGUUCCCCUGUUCCUGGAUAUGGAGUAGCUAGAGUUUUGGAAUCUGGGCAUCCAAAUUUCAAGAAAGGCGACUUGGUUUGGGGCAUGACUGGAUGGGAGGAGUACAGUCUAAUUACUGCGCCAGAGACUUGCUUUAAGAUCGAACACGCCGAUGUUCCUCUGUCUUACUACACCGGCCUUUUGGGUAUGCCAGGCAUGACGGCUUAUGCUGGGUUUUUCGAGGUAUCCUCUCCUAAGAAAGGAGAGACUGUUUUCAUAUCCUCGGCGGCGGGAGCUGUUGGUCAGCUUGUUGGCCAGUUUGCAAAGUCGUUGGGCUGUUAUGUUGUUGGCAGCGCCGGUAGCAAAGAGAAGGUUGAUUUGCUGAAGAACAAGUUUGGAUUCGAUGAUGCUUUCAACUACAAGGAGGAACUGGAUCUGGAUGCAGCACUGAAAAGGUGA